AUGACUUACAACGUACUAAUCUCGGGAGCCAACAAGGGAAUCGGCUAUGCUUUUGUAACCAAAUACCUCAGUCGCCCCAACACGACAGUCAUCGCUACAGUCCGCCAACCCAAUUCUCCGGAAGCAGCUCGAUUGAAUGAGCUCCCCAAGGCUGAGGGCAGUAGCAUCAUAAUCGUCAAGAUCGAGAGCACAUCAGACACCGACGCUCAAGAGGCCAUGUCUAGCCUCGACGGUCAUCAGAUCAAUCGCCUCGACCUUGUGAUUGCAAACUCCGGACUGUUUGCAAUCCAUGCCUUUGUUGAAGUCUCCAAGAUGCAGACCAAGGAUCUGAUGGAGCACUUCGAUGUGAACACUGCAGGUACAGUGCGUCUGUUCCAAGCCACACUGCCUCUGUUGCAGAAAGCAGAGAAGCCAGUGUUUGCUUAUAUCAGCUCUGUUGUUGGAUCUAUAUCUAUGCAAGAGUACUUUGUUCCUCCAAUCGCAAGCUACGGGGCGUCCAAAGCUGCGAUGAAUCUGCUCAUCCGCCGCAUUCAUAUCGAGAAUCCUGAUCUGAUCGCUGUCGCAAUACAUCCUGGUGGCAUUCAAACUGAUAACGGGCGCAAGGCUCAAGAAGCACUGGGGGUACCUGAGGAUAGGACUACGCCCAUGGAUGUCGCUAUUGAUGGCAUGGUCGGCAAGAUCGACAAGGCGACUCGUGAGGAGACGUCUGGCAUGUUCCUGUCUUUUGACGAGAACCCUCUCACUUGGUGA